AUGAAGACCCUCUCCCUCUUUGCCACGCUCGUCGUCGCCUCAUUCUCGGCCGGCGAUGUCCUCGCCUACACCACUCGCACGACCGUAACCAAGUACCUGGCUCCCGAAGCCGGUUCGUUCAGGCUGAGCUACGACGCGACGGCCCACACAGCCAAGCUGUGCGUCGACAAGAAGAACUUUGUGUUUCAGCUGUCGUACGACGCUGUCCAGCAGAGCCUCUACAAUCUCGCGUGCACACACGAAGCUGGAGGAGGCCCGUACUGCCACUUCGUCACUCAGGAUUACGGAUGCCCACGGACGCCCAGCAACCACCCGUGCCUGAUCAGGAACAACGUGCCCUCUAGGUGCUUCACCAUCCCCCUCACCGAGCAAGAGUACACCGACGCCGAGUGGGGAAUGGCCGCCUUGUUCACCAGGCUGCCGGACGUUGAAGGAGUUCUCCUCGAUGAGGGAGAGGGCAACACGGCGUAUUACCCACUGAGUGGUGCAGUCGCCAGCAAUUAG